AUGCCGGUGGGUGGAAGGGUCGCUGGAAAAGUCGGGAUUUACAGUUCCCAUUACAAUGGCAAAGGCUACAGCGGCAUAAACGAGGAGAUCAUCUGGAUAAGCAUCGGUAUGGGGAUCACGAUCGUGGUAUUGAUCACCAUAGCUCUAUGCUACAUCGCCCGCGAGAAGUGUCGUAAACGUCACGAGGGCUACUACACGUCCUGACGCACGCUGACCCCGCCCACGUGGGCCUCAUGGCCCUUCACG